AUGGCACAAGAACUUUUAGAAAUACCUCUGGAAACUUUGAAUCAACAAGAACUAGAUCCUGAAAAAAAUGAUGAUGUUCGCAAACGGGUGGAAGAUACCCAAGAAAUUGCUGCAGCCUCUGGUGUUUCAUUUAGAACAGCGCCCUCAGAGAAUUCUGAAAGUAUACGGUCUCGAUCUACUAAUGAAAUAAAUAAUGAUGAAGAAGAAGAAGAGGAGGAGGAGGAGUUUCCAGAAGGUGGAUUAGAUGCUUGGAGAGUUGUGUUGGCAUCGUUUUUUGGUCUUUUCGCAGUGUUUGGCCUAUGCAAUUCUUUAGGAGCCGUCCAAGCACACGUUUCUAUUUUCCAGCUUUCAAACAAAUCAGAGUCCCAAGUUUCGUGGAUUUUUUCCGUGUUGCUUUUUUUUCUUUUUUUUCUUACAGGCCUUGUGGGUCCAAUCUACGACUCCCUGGGACCGUAUCAGCUUUCAAUUAUUGGAACAUUUCUAUGGACUCUUGGACUCAUUACUACAAGCUUUUGUACUGAGUACUACCAAUUCUUUCUUGCCUUUUCAGUUUGUGUCGGUAUCGGUGGAGCACUUUUAAUGACCCCACUUAUUGCUAUUGUUGGACAAUGGUUUAAUAAACGCCGUGCAACAGCAAUUGGCAUUGCAACAGUCGGCGGAAGUGUUGGCGGUGUUGUUUACCCUCUUAUGCUGCGUAAACUUUAUUCAUCAAUUGGAUAUGCUUGGGCACUCCGCGUCCUUGGUGUACUUUGCUUUGUAUUGCUUAUUUCCUUUAUUUUGUUAAUGAAAACACGUUUAACAUCUCUGGAAAAGCGCAAGCUUAGUAAGACUCUAUUGGGAGGAGUCUCAAACAUGAUAGACUAUCGCCAGCUCCGUGACCAUAGAUUUGCUGGCCUUGUAAUUGGGAACUUUCUUGGUGAACUCGGUGCCGUUAACGGUCUUACCUUCCUUACUUCCUAUGCUUUGGCACAAAAUCAUAGUGAAGAGUUUUCGUACGCCAUUCUAGCCAUUCUUAAUGCAUCGGCAAUCGGCGGACGUAUCAUUCCGGGUAUUUUGGCAGACAAGCUGGGAAGAUUUAACACCGUGAUUGCUACAACAAUCAUGGCUGCCUUCACAAUCUUUGUCAUUUGGCUUCCUUUUGGCUCCAAUACAAUUGGCCUCAUCAUGUUUUCGGUAACCCACGGAUUUUGCAAUGGAAGCAUUGUAUCACUCGCACCUGCCUGUUGUGGUCAAAUUUGCAGAACAAGAGACUACGGUAAACGUUAUGGCUUCAUGUACUUUGUUGCUUCUGUUACUAUUCUCAUUGGUGUGCCUAUCUCUGGUGCUUUGAUUACAAAUGAGAAAGAUUAUACAAACCUCAUUAUUUUUGAUGGUGUUGUUUAUAUAGCUACUACCCUAGCAUUGCUUUAUUCCCGCUACGCUGCUGUUGGCUUCCGCUGGUGUAAAUGGUAG